UUUUGUGAAACACGAAACACUUUUUAUUAAGUUGAGGGGUUUUGUUGGGGUUACGGUUCGGCCGGUGAAACUGACAGACAUGGGUUGCUGCUCUAGUUCAGCGUGUCGUGGCGUCAGGAAGAAGACAAAAAAUGAAGGCAAAAAAAGAAAGAAGGACUUCAAGGAGAUUAACAGCCUUCAGGAUGGAAGCACCAAGGUGCCUCUCGAGGAGUUGGGCCCCAGCCUGGAGAAGCUGCAUGAGCAGUAUGAGAAGCAGCUGAGGACCCUCCAGGAGGCACUCAAAGCUGCUGGCACCAAGGAGUGGGAGAACCUCCUGCAAGCCCACAGCCACGAACUGAGCAGGCUGUUGCAGGACAUCACAGAGAAGGUAAAAGCUGACACAACUGCAGAUUUGAAUCUGGUUCAUGAGAAGAAACUGAUGACCCAUACUGAGGAGCACCAGAUAAGAACUGAAGAGUUGAAGAAAGCACAUGACCAAGAGAAGAAAUCUCUGAGGGAGGAUUUUGAGGCAGGUCAGGCCUCUUUGCAGGCAAAGGUAGACGAGCUGACUGCAGACCUGAAGCUGUUUAACGAGCUGAAGCAGAGUGUGGAGGAGUCGGGCCUGAAGAGGGACUUACAGCGGAACAUUCAGGCACAAGGAAGCCCUGGGGCAUUCUGGGAACAGGAGCUAGAGAGCCUGCUGUUUGUCAUUGAGAUGAAGAGUCAACGGUUGCAGGAUCAAUGGAGGAAGCUGCAGCAGGCUGAGGUGCUGGUGGAGAAGAAUACCACCCUGGAGGACCAAGUCAAACAUGUCCUCCAGCAGAAUGAAGACCUGGAGGCCCGCGCCAGUAGCUAUCAGACCGUGAUUCAACAUCUGUCCAAGGAGCAUGACAACCUAAAGGAGACCCUGAGGAAAGAAGCUCUGUUGAUUCAAAAACUGAGCCAGGAAAAGGAGGAGCUCCUCUACAAACUUCUGCAACAGGAGUCAGGGCUCAGCAUCCACCCGUCAUCCAUCAAAUCACAGCUGACCCCCAGCUGAUCCUUCAAACUUGGCCAUUAGCGGAGCAACCCACCGCCGGCCGAACCUGGAACCUGGAACCCGCCGACCUUGAGGAUGGUAGCCAGUGCAGACCAGGCCAUACCAAGUCCAUUCUGCCUCUGUGAAAUGUUCACUGGGCACAAAUAAUUCUGACUGCAGCUUGCACAGUCAUCACAGUCAAGAGACCCCUGAACAUGACCGAAGUCUGUACUUGAUUAAUGGACCAUUCCUCAUUUCUGCGCCUGUGUCUGUCACAGGAACCUGAUGGUUGGAGCUACAGCCGUUCGCAAACCGAACACGGUUUGGAAGAUUUCUAUGCGUUGUUUAUCAAAUGAGUGUUUGUUGUGCAUGCCUUCUGCACUGUCAGAAUACUGUCACACAUUUCUACAUUUCCUCUAUUACAGUGGUAAUGGAGAUGAGAGCAUCUGUAGCGGUCCUGUCUAUGAGCCAAAGAUAUGCUGUAUAAGCGCAUUAUUAUUGAGUGUGCCAUUUGUCCUUAAAUAGAGUAGUUUUCAUUUUCAAGAGAUUCAUUCAUCCUCACUAAAUACUUACAUGAGUAAAUAUGUACCCAUGAAUUGGGUUUUAUGGACACUUACCUUUUCUCUUCAAUGCAAGUAUCUUCUCUCAGUGAUGGGCACAUGGACACUCUUUUAGGACUGCUUCAGGUCAGGACAUGGAAUUUGCAGGACUUCCCACUUAAGGUGCUACAGUAUGUUGACAAAGAACUUUUUGACCUGCUGACACAACUCCAUUUUUAUGUUUUAAAUUUUGAUUUGUAUCUUUGUUUCUGUCUUUGCAUUGAAACUAGAAACAAAACGCACUUUUAAGUGCAUAUUCAGCACAGAGGCACUUUUGAAUCAGUGUUUUAUCCAUUUGUUUUAAUCCAAGGAUUUGAAUUUUGUGUUGUGCAUGUGCAUGCAUUAUAAUUUUUUUUGCAUGCAUGCAUAUGCGUGUGUUGUGAAGCAAAUGUGUGACUUGUGGUGUUUUCACUUUAAGUGAAAUGUUAUUGCUGAACAUGUAAAAUGUGAAUAUAGGGCUUGUUUCUCUAAAUGAUGGGAUGACCUUGUUUUUGUGAAAGAAAAUGCAAUUUCCUUCCACAAACUGAUCUUUUGAAGAGCACGUUUGUUGUAACUGAAGUGGUAGAAAAUGUAUUACGAAUUGUGAACAAUACAUUUUUUUUACAAUACGUUAUUUGCAAAUUGAGAACGAAAUGCUUGCAUACUGUUUUCGUGAAAUGAGCCCCCAAUGUUUUCUGUACAUUAUGUUGGUUCAGUCUUCUGCUCUCCAAAUCAAGUCAAAAUAAAUAGUAUUCUUUUA